AUGCCAUCCCCCACAGUUUCAACAGACAAUCAUGUUGGGUACAAUGAGCGCGACCCAGUUCGCGGGGAUGACAGCUGGAGAAGCUUCCAUGAAGUAAUGUGUCUGGCCAAAGAGCGGGACGUAGAUAUGGUUCUCCUGGCCGGCGAUUUGUUCCACGAGAACAAACCAUCCAGAAAGUCCAUGUAUCAGGUCAUGCGGUCUCUGCGGAUGAACUGUUUUGGUGACAAGCCGUGCGAACUGGAAAUGCUGAGCGAUGCAAGCGAGAAUUUCCAGGGGGCAUUUAACCAUGUCAACUACGAAGACAUGGAUAUCAAUGUUGCUAUCCCAGUUUUUUCGAUACAUGGCAAUCAUGAUGAUCCCUCUGGUGAAGGCCAUUUGGCUGCACUCGAUAUACUACAAGUCUCCGGUCUAGUUAAUUACUACGGUCGUACUCCAGAGUCAGAUAAUAUCCAAGUGAAGCCAGUGCUCCUUCAAAAGGGCCGAACGAAGUUGGCUCUCUACGGUAUGAGUAACGUACGAGAUGAGCGUCUUUUUAGAACUUUUCGAGACGGGAAAGUGAAAUUUUUUCGGCCAUCGCUUCAGAAAUCAGACUGGUUCAACCUAAUGAGCGUGCACCAAAACCAUCACGCACAUACGGAAACGGGUUAUCUUCCCGAAAACUUCUUGCCCGAUUUUCUUGACCUUGUUAUCUGGGGUCAUGAGCACGAGUGUAUUAUCGAGCCCCGUUUAAACCCAGAAACAAAUUUCCAUGUUAUGCAACCAGGUUCUUCAGUGGCCACGUCGCUAGUUCCCGGAGAGGCAAUCCCCAAACAAGUCGCGAUUCUCAGUAUUACAGGCCGUGAAUUCAAGACUGAUCCAAUUCGACUCAAGACCGUCCGGCCUUUUGUUACGAGAGAAAUCGUCCUCCAUGAAGAAAAAGAGGCACAGAGAUUGGCAAAGAAGGAGAAUAACCGAACAGAACUGACCCGUUUUCUUAUGAGCAUCGUCGAAGAGCUAAUUGAGGAAGCGAAGAAUGAUUGGAUUGAGGCACAAGAGGAAGUGGAUCAUGAGGAACUCGAAAUCCCACUACCUCUAGUUCGUUUGAGAGUGGAGGUUUCAACUCCCGGUGGAGGCAGCUUUGAUUGCGAAAACCCUCAACGGUUUUCUAAUAGGUUCGUUGGCAAAGUUGCCAAUGUCAAUGAUGUUGUCCAAUUUUAUCGAAAGAAGAAAGCCGUCACAGCGCUGCGUCGCGGUGAAACAGAGGCACCGGACGAAGCGGCUAUUUCGCACCUCUCCUCGUUGGAUACAGUCAAAGUAGAAAAGCUUGUUCGGGAGUUCCUAGCUGCUCAGUCUCUUACCAUAUUACCCCAAAACUCAUUUGGAGAUGCCGUCUCCCAGUUUGUUGACAAGGACGACAAACAUGCGAUGGAAAUGUUUGUAAAUGAGUCGCUGGAGAGCCAAAUAAAACAUCUCCUGGCACUCGACCGGGAACAAGAUGAUGACGAAAUAGAUUACGGGGACGGAGAAGGACAGAGCGUCAUUCAAGCUGCGAUGGAUAAAUACCGAGCGCAGCUGGAGGACAUGUUUGCCAAAGGCAUCCAGCGACGUACUCGCGGACAGAGAAAAUUCAAGCCGAAGCCCAGUGGUUGGGACAGUGAGUUUGAUGGCCCUUGGGAAGACCAACCUGGUGCUCUAAUCAUCUCGGAUAAUGAAGCCGAUGAAGAUGUGGAUGAGAACGCUCCUCCCCGGAGAGGGGCUGCAACCUCCACGGGACGAGGCAGAGGUCGAGGAGGCAGCACCUCAAGGGGAUCUGCAUCGCGAGCUACAAAUACGCGCAAAAAAGCUUCCCCCGCUCCCCCUCCCGCUCCCCCUCCCGCUCCCAGCACCAAAACUCGCACCAGUCGUUAUCAAACCGUAUCGGAUCACGAUGGGGAGGAUGAGGAAGGAGAUGCAAUUAUGCUAGACGACAUCAAUGAAGAUGAAGAGGGUGACUCCGACUCUCUAUUCGUUCGACAAACUCCUGCUCCUGGUGAUACUAGAUCAGCAUCAUCUGCGACAAGCCGCACACGGAAGCAGACCAACGCAUCGUCCACCGUCACUACGGCCGCAACGAGAAAACCUUCCACUCGAGGCUCUGCAGCUACCAGGUCUAAACCGCCGCCGAAAUCCACCCUGUCACAGGCAAGCGAGAGUCAAACACUGAAUGGCACUGGUGCAAGUUCUCUGGCUGGCAAGCGACCUCGUCGAGCUGCGACAAGUCGGACAACGAGGAGCGUCAGCGUCCUAAGCGAUGAUAUUGAAGAUGACGAUGACGAUGCAUUUGAUCCUGCACCCCCUAUAAGUAGUCUACGGAAUUCUGGAAGGAGAUAA